GCAUCCUCCUUCCAGCCCCGCUCCUCUCUCCUCUCGCCGAGCGCUCCGCCGGGAUCGCGCCGGCAGCAUGGCUGCAAAAAGUAAGGGCAAGUCGCUGAGCUGUUUUGGCUACCCCUUGAGCAUCUUCUUCAUCAUCAUCAAUGAGUUCUGCGAGCGGUUCUCCUACUAUGGCAUGCGAGCGGUGCUCGUUUUGUAUUUCAAAUAUUUUCUGCAAUGGGAUGACAACUUGUCUACAGCCAUCUACCACACGUUCGUUGCUCUGUGCUACUUGACGCCGAUCCUCGGAGCGCUCAUUGCGGACUCUUGGCUGGGAAAAUUUAAGACCAUUGUCUCCCUAUCGAUUGUCUAUACAAUUGGGCAGGUAGUCAUGUCUGUGAGCUCCAUAAAUGACCUGACGGAUCACAGCCGGGAUGGCUUCCCUGAUAAUGUAUCGGUGCACAUUGCUCUGUCCAUGAUUGGCUUGAUCCUCAUUGCACUUGGUACUGGUGGGAUCAAACCUUGUGUGUCAGCGUUUGGUGGAGAUCAGUUUGAAGAUGAUCAGGAAAAACAAAGAAGUAGAUUCUUCUCCAUCUUUUAUUUGUCCAUUAAUGCUGGAAGUCUCCUAUCUACUAUAAUCACCCCAAUUCUCAGAGCUCAAGAGUGCGGCAUUCACAGCAAACAGCGAUGUUACCCACUAGCUUUUGGAGUUCCUGCUGCCCUCAUGGCUAUCUCCUUGUUUGUGUUUAUAGUUGGAAGUGGAAUGUACAAGAAAGUUCAACCUCAAGGAAAUAUAAUGAUUCAAGUUUCCAAAUGCAUUGGAUUUGCCAUCAAAAACAGGUUUCGGCAUCGCAGCAAGCAGUUCCCCAAGAGAGAGCACUGGCUAGAUUGGGCGAGCGAGAAGUAUGAUAAACGACUGAUUGCUCAGACUAAGAUGGUGUUGAAGGUGCUUUUCCUUUACAUACCUCUUCCCAUGUUCUGGGCACUUUUUGACCAGCAGGGGUCAAGAUGGACACUGCAAGCCACAACAAUGGACGGGAAUUUUGGAGCUAUUCAGAUUCAGCCAGACCAAAUGCAGACUGUGAAUCCAAUCCUGAUUAUUAUAAUGGUCCCAGUUGUAGAUGGUGUGAUUUAUCCUUUAAUCAAGAAAUGCAAGAUCAAUUUUACGCCCCUGAGGAAGAUCACUGUCGGUAUGUUCCUUGCAUCUUUGGCUUUUGUUGCUGCUGCCCUUGUGCAAGUGCAGAUAGACAAAACUCUUCCAGUUUUCCCUGCAGCUGGGCAAUCCCAAAUAAAAAUUAUAAAUCUAGAUACUAAUAAUGCAACAGUUGGGUUUGGAUCUCAACUUAACAGUGUGAAUGUAAUGUCUAUGAAAUCGACGGACUACAUGACAUUUGAGACUUCUCAGUUGCGAUCAUUAACCGUAACUUAUGGAAAUAAAACUACAAUUAAAUCUGUCAUGUUGUCAGAGGAAAGCCGUUACACUCUUGGAAUUAAAACUAACACGAUGAGCGUUGUUGCUGAAUUGCUGUCUGAUGAGGUCACAUCAAAACCAGAAGAAGGGAAUAAUCUCAUCAGGUUCAUAAACAAUUUCCCUGAUGAUAUCAAUGUCACUAUGGGUGGCACUUCUUUUGGAAUACUGAAGCCUCUUUCUGCCAGUAAUUAUAGCCUCUUUCCAGGAGGAAGAAAAGAUGAGAUUAUGGCUUCUAUAAAUUCAGUCCCCUGUUCAAUUACUUCAAGGGCAUUUGGAUUUGGCAGUGCCUAUACAAUUGUAAUUAACGGGUGUUCUCAAGAUGGUCUUGAUAUAUUAUAUUCUGAAGAUAUCCCGCCCAAUACAGUCCAUAUGGCUUGGCAGAUCCCUCAGUAUUUUAUUCUUACAUGCGCAGAAGUAGUUUUCUCUGUCACUGGGCUGGAGUUUUCAUACUCACAGGCCCCAUCUAACAUGAAGGCAGUGCUGCAGGCAGGAUGGCUGCUGACGGUGGCUGUUGGUAAUAUAAUUGUCCUUAUCGUGGCUGGAGCAUCCAAACUCAGCGAGCAGUGGGCAGAGUACGUGCUGUUUGCUGCUUUGCUGUUGGCAGUUUGCAUCAUUUUUGCUGUCAUGGCUUAUUUUUAUACCUAUAUUGAUCCAAACGAGGUUGAAGCCCAACUUGACGAGGAAGAAAAGAAACAAGUCAAAAAGGAUCAAGAAGUCUAUGAAAAGCAAGUUGAAGAUGACUCUCAGAUGUAAAAGGUGUAUUCAAGGUGUGUUUGUAACUUAUGGUAACCCGUUAACUAUCCCUGUAGUAAGAGGAAUCACAGUAUCAGCAGCACCUCUGCAUAAUAUGCUCUAUGGGAGAGGUUAAAAAAAAAACAAACUGUUUUAAUUUAAAAUGCAGCCUCUCUUGGGAAGCAAGAGGAAAAGACUUGAACUGAACAUGGUAUCCUGAAGAAACUCCAGCAGAAUUUGCACUCUUAAUGUACCUCAAGCUUAAAUACUACUGCAUUAAACUGUUGAGGUUGCACUCGGCACUAUUAGACCCUGUGAAAAGAUGUAUUUUUAUACUGCAUUUCAAUUUUAUAUCAUGAAAGAAACAAGUAUUGCAAAAAAAAUAGUAACUAAAGCCACAUUGUCUGCAUGACCCCUCUACCCUCCCUGUUACUUUUGAAAGCAGCAGGUCACGUGUACUUCCUUAGGGAUAAUGGGAGCAAAGCUCUGGCGUUGCUCAGCUUCGAGUGCUGUCUGUGCUCCGCAUGGCAGUAACUUGGACGUGCCCUGUAAUAUAACGCUUUAUGUGUCUGUUAACUACCCAUUUAAUUCCUGGUUAUGUUUUUAAUUAAAUGUAUUAAUGUCCACUCUGGUAAACAGACAAUGGCAAAUGAGAUUUGGAAUAAGCAACAGCAAUAAAACUUGUGUUACAACACAAAGUAAUGGAAGUGAUGUAAAAGUAUUACUUGCUAUUACCUCUCUGCUGCUUAUGUGUUUCAUCACUCGA